AUGCCAGUCACCGAAAAAGCUGGCCAAGCUCGGUUCUGUGCAUUCUUCCCCUUUCCCACCAGCUUCUCUCCCCCCCCUCUCUUCCUUUCUCUCCCCGCUCACGCACCAAACGAUGCCCAGAUGCAGGCCCAGCAAGCCCAAAGGCAGAUGCCCGAGGGCGAGCAGGCUCUGAACGAGGAAUUUCGGCCUCUCAAUUUGAACGAUCCUGCUCAAGCUGCCCAGCACCAGCAGCCUGGCGAAAUGGACCAGGACAUAGAAACGGAUGAUGUUUCGCAAUAA